CCUCACAACAGUAAACAUCUAACGGAGUCCAUAGACAUGCUUCAGAUAUUCUUUUAAACGUGUAUGAAUUGAGUUAAAUAACUAUGAGUUUUUUUCUUCCUAAACUGUCGUGUAAGAAAGAUCUGGAUGAGGCGAUUAAGAAAGUCGCCGAGAAAGUUUUAGUGCUGCGAUUCGGUAGAGACGAAGAUUCGGUGUGUCUACAGCUCGAUGAGAUCCUGUCAAAAACCGCUCAUGAUUUGAGUAACAUGGCCAGUAUUUAUCUGGUGGAUGUGGACCGAGUGCCCAUUUACAAGCGAUACUUUGACAUCAGCUACAUUCCCUCGACUGUCUUUUUUUUCAAUGGCCAACAUAUGAAAGUUGAUUAUGGAUCGCCAGAUCACACCAAGUUUGUUGGAAGCUUUAAAAGCAAACAGGACUUCAUGGAUCUGAUCGAAGUGAUCUAUCGAGGUGCCAUGAGAGGAAGGCUGAUCGUUCACAGCCCGAUCGACCCGAGAAACAUUCCCAAAUACGAUCUGCUUUACAACGACAUCUAACACUGAAUUUCAUUACCAGCACAGAUCAGUCAAGAGUCUAGAUAAUACGACUAGUUAAAGGGAAAGUUCGCCUGAAAAUUUAAAUUUGGUCUGAGAAAAAUAUUGAUUUGGAGUCUUUCAAUUUCAUGUGAACUGUCCCUUUAAAGUGGGUUUAAGUUCCUGCAUCAGUUAAACCGAUGAAGAGUUUCCUGUGGAAACGAUUUAUUCUCUCAUGUUGUUUUUCGUUUUUGUAUGAUGUUUUAAAAUAAAUUGAUUAAAGGUCAUAUUGGUUAUACACCAAACAGUUUUAAGUGUGUUGAAAUACACAAAUUCAGUGUAAUUUAACUUUAACCCUAAACUACAGAAGGACUGUAUCGACUGGUUAACAUAGAUCAUAGUAUUUGCAUUGUGAUAUUGGAUUACAAAGGCAAACAUUUUUCUGUAGUUUGAUCGUUCACAAUACGACCGGAAAUGUGCAUUAAAUAAAUAGAUUUCGAACAUUUGA